AUGGAAAUUGUUAAGAGAUGGAUCCAAGGAGCGAAGAGCAAAUUGAUAAUUCUUUAUUUGUGUGCGCAUCCACCCAAGGAUGUCCAGGAUCCUCCCCCUCCAGCCAUGUUGGCCUCUGACGACAAUCAAAAUAAUCCACCACCUCUUCAGCCAGAGAAUGUCGACUGGACAGGUCCAAUCAUUUCUUUCUGCUUUGCAUCAGCUAUUGGUAUUGCAAUGUUGCCACCAAGUCAAAGAGAAACCUUACAAAUGUUCUUUUUCUGUGUUCUUGUGAUUCUUGCAUUUUCGUUCAUGUGGGUGAGAAAAUAUAUCCAAAGCAGGUAUCCAUACUGGGCCAAAAAGAUGGAACUGGCUGGAAUAUUGUGUAGUUCCACAGCUUUCUUUUUAGGCAUUAGUAUGAGUUUCCCGUUAAUCCUCAAGAUAUUUUCGGGGUUCAUUUACAUUCUCUGUUUGAUUGUCAUAUUCAAUGCAAUCGAUGCUAGUCCAUAA